AUGGCAGAGGACGACCCACCAGAUACAGUGAACAUUCUUAAAACAGAAGUAAACGCUAUGGCAGUUAACCAUAGUUCUUCGGAUACUGACCCUUCGUCAUCUGAUGAAGAUGUAGAGAACAUAGUUGAUGAUACAGGAUCCAUACAAUCAACAGACAACAGUGACAUAGACCCACCUUUUAAGUAUCAUUGUAACGAAUGUGACUUAUCGUUUAAAUACAAUUGUUGGUUUAAAAGGCAUAUGGUUGUCCACAACCUUGGGACCUAUGCCUGUGAAUAUUGUACUAAGUUAUUUAAAAGAAAAGACAGUAUGCGGGAGCACCUACAACUCCAUUUAGGUGGUCCCAAACAUAAGUGCCAGGAAUGCGGUAAAGAAUUUGGCGAUAAAAGAAACAUGAAUAAGCAUAUAAAAUCAAUACAUCAAAAAUCUAUGGUUAAAUGUCUGAAAUGUGAUAAAAUGUAUUCGAACAAACGACAGUUACGUUAUCAUGACAAUAGAGUCCAUACAUUAGAAAAGCCAUAUAAGUGCAACAACUGUGGGGAUGCAUUUCCAGUUCCAUGCCUGCUUUCGGCUCAUAGAGUGAAAAUGUGCUUUAAAAUUUUAAAUAUGAGUAAACGCAGCUUAACUCUUGUAGACCUAGCAAAAUCAAAUGUUGCAUUGCAAAACUCAAGUGUACCAGUUGACAAAAACAUGAAACUUAAACUUAAAGCACGGUUUAUUGUGGGAAAUGCUAUUGACGGUGUUGUAGCUAACAUUAAAGCUCCACCGUCCCCCACUACCCCGAACACACCCCGGUUUAGGGAUUUAUCUUACCCGGCAGUUUUGUCAAGAGUUUGGGAAUGUGACAGUGUGUUCUUUUUCGAUCCUUAA